AUCAGUAAGUAGCGACAGCUAUGACUAGCCACCUGUUAGCUCUUCUUCUCUCUGUAAUUGCUGUUAUCCUACCCCUGAGAUAUGGCUGCAGUGACAUUUCUGGAGGACACUGCGUGCGUGCCCAUUCCCGACCUUUCAUGGCUGCCAUCCAGAGAGCGAAUACAACUGUGUGUGGAGGGGUUCUUGUGAAAAGGCAGUGGGUUUUGACAGCUGCACAUUGUGAAUUGGAAGAUUUGGAUGCUAGUGUUGUUCUUGGAGCCCACCGGGCAUUCAAAACUGAAAAGCAACAACAGAGAUUUGAGAUUAUGGACCUAUUUCCUCAUCCCCAGUUUGACAGUGAUUCAAAAGAAAAUGAUAUAAUGCUCCUCAAGCUGGAUCAUAUGGCAAAUCUGAAUAAGUAUGUGAACGUUUUGUCCCUUCCUGACACUGGUGAAGAUGUCAAACCAGGCACAAAGUGCACAGUGUCCGGCUGGGGAGAAACAUCUCCAGGAAAGCUGCCAAAAUGUCUUCAGGAAGCAACUGUUGAAAUUGUUGAUAGAAAAAGCUGUGAGAGAAAAUAUAAAAAAACCUCAAAACGGUUGAAUGUAACCAGAAACAUGUUGUGUGCUGGAGGGAGAAAGAGGUUUUCAAAGAGAGAUGCUUGCAAGGGAGACUCCGGUGGGCCACUCAUCUGUGGCGGAAAAUACAGUGGGAUUGUUUCCUUUGGAGAAAAAUGUGGAAUGGGAGACAAGCCUGGAGUUUACACGCGACUGACUGAAAAAUAUAUGGACUGGAUUAAAAAAACUGUUUCUCUUAACGGAGAGGCCUGAGACAGGCCAGACAGCCCUAAUGAAUAGAGCGCUGUGCUUCAGAACUGGGCGCUGCCUUGGCGUGCCAACUUUACGAAGUGCCUCCCAGCAUUACACCUUUACCAACUUUACUUUUUUUGAGUUAAAAAGUUAAAAAUAUUCCCUUUUGUACAGAUAGUUUUUGCUCAUCUUCCGUAGGAAAUUGCCUCUUAGAUAACUCAAUUUGUAUUGGAUUUCACCCUGAUUUUUCGUGUGAUUGGAAAGUGCUAGUCAUCUUUUCCACUGUGGCUGUGACAGGACAACGUUUUUGAAUGUGUUUUCACAGAAAGAUUCAGUUUUAGACUGAUAGUGAAUGAGAUGUCUGCUAAAUGAGAAAAUUUAGUAAAAAAGCUUUAAAUGCUCAAGUAUUUCAUUUUUACAUUUUCAUAACCAAAUGCUUUAACUAUUACUAAAUAUUUCUUUAGCUAGAUUAAUUUUCAGAACAAAAAUAUUAUGCCAACGAACAUUUUUCCAAUUAAGCUUCCAUAGAUAGCAUGAAAAAAGUGUAACUGUUCAUUAUAAUGGCUAUAAUUGUACUUCUCUAAUACUGUGCCUGUCUAACAUCUAAACAGAGAUUUUGUGGUGGAUUUCAACAGACUUCUAAUAGCAGGUUUACCUUCUGUGUUUCUGAAUAAGCUUGUGGUUAGCUUGCUGUCUUCCCAUUCUCUUCUGAGCAUUCUUGAGUUUCUUUCUUUCCAGUCAUUUGGAAGAGACAACCUACAGUGUUUCUGCAGUUCUUUUGUUAUCAUAUUAAUCUGUAUUGUAUACUAUGAAUUUUGGGGUCAUUCAGACAUGUGAAUAAAUAACUCCAGCACAUCA